AUGAUCUUUAUACUUUUAAAUUUUGAUUUAUCUUUUUAUCAUUUUAAAGUCGAUUUUUAUCUGUUUGUAAUACUUUCUAUAAAAAAAAAAGUAAAUAGAAUGGAAACUACGAGAAAAAAUCUUUUGGAUGCUUUAUUAGCCUGUGAUGUUGUUAAAUUUGGAGAAUAUUAUUUAAAAUCAGGUCAAAAAAGUUCAAUUUACAUUGAUUUAAGAGGUCUUAUAUCAUCUCCAAAAAUACUUUCACUUGCUGCUGAAGCAUUAUGUAGGCAAAUUAAAGAAUCAAAUUUACAAUUUGAUUAUGUUGUUGGUGUACCAUAUGCAGCAUUACCUUUAGCUACUUUAGUAUGUGAUAGAUUAGAAAAACCAAUGUUAAUGAGAAGAAAGCAGGCAAAAAGUUAUGGAACUAAAAAAUUAAUUGAAGGUGAAUAUAAAAUUGGAGGAAAAUGUUUAAUUGUUGAAGAUGUUGUUGUUGCUGGUGAAAGUAUUGCAGAUACGGUUGAUGUUUUAAAAAAUGAAGGCCUUGAAUGCUCCAGUGCUAUAACUGUUUUAGAUAGGAUGCAAGGUGGAGCUGAAAAUUUAGAAAAAAUUAAUGUUCAUUUAACAUCUGUUUUGACACUUGAAUAUCUACUUGAUUACAUGAUUUCCAAAGAUUUAAUUGAUCAUUCUAAGAAAAAACAUAUCUUUGAUGAGUUAGCUGAACCAUUUGUUCCUUCAAAUUCACAUUAG